AUGGACCCUAUUACGGCUUUCCAAGUCGCAGCUUCGGUGAUAACCUUCGUUGAAUUCGGUGUGAACUUAAUCCACAUCGUCAAGGAAGUCCGUGACUCCGCAGAAGGUGCCACAGAGGAAAAUAAGUUAAGAGCCGCAGUCAAUCGGUCGAUGCGUCCAAUAUUGGAUGCAAUCAACACAUCAGACUACUCCAAGAUACCCGAAGAUGAAAGACCUUUAUAUGACCUCGCUCUGGAAUGCCAGAAAUGCCACAAGGAGAUGGGCUAUCUACUUGGUCGCCUUGCAUCGAAAGGGAACGGCCGCCUCAACAAGGUGUUGUCUUCUUUCAAAGCGAUCCGCCAUGAGCCCGAGCUGAAGAAGUUGGAAUCAAGACUCGAUAAAUGCCGUCUUCAGAUAUCAGCUCACCAAAUCCAAAUACAAGGAAAACGACUCACAGAAUUCUAUCAAGUACUACAAAUCCAAGGGAAUAACGGGCUACAGAUGGUCGAGACCAUGCAAAAGCACGUUGGCUCAAUCAGGGCAGACUUCACCCAACUUGAGAGCAAGAUGGCCCAGGACAGACUUUCGCUCAUUCUCGCCUGCCACGAGGAAGCCCUCGCGCCUAUAUAUGCCAAUCGCAUUCAAAAGAGGCUCCAUUUCAAAGAAACCGUUGUAAGGUACUCCAGCAUAGAUAAUCCCAAAGAAGGGACCUUCUCCUGGAUUUUCGAGGAUACUUGCAACCUUGUGGCUGCUGAACACUCAUCUCCGGGGAAAGGAUCUCACGAUAUUAUCGGAAGCCCCCGGUUUCUCAAUCAAAAGGACCAAAUCAAAAGGGCUUAUAUGAGAGAAAAGUUUAUAACUUGGCUUAGCUCUUCCGACGAAAUAUUCCAUUUCACUGGAAUACCGGGUGCGGGAAAAUCCACGAUGAUGAAGUUCAUUUACGAAAACCCAGCAACGAAAGAAGAACUCCGCAAAUGGGCCGGGAGCAGGACAUUGUGUCUUGCUAAGCAUUUCUUUUGGAGGCCCGGCUCAGACCUACAGCACAAUCUCACCGGCCUCUUCUACUCUCUUCUUCAUGAAAUCUUCAAAAGCUGUCCCGAAUUAAUACCCGAUGCGAUGCCUACGCACUGGGAGAUGGUACAGCAGAUACCAAUAGUUGUUGAUCCAGAUAUUGAAAUCCCACCCAUCGCAGUCGAGAAUGCUCUUUUUACUUUGAUUCAAGAUCAGAACGUCAUCAAAGAUCACUGUUUUUGCUUUUUCAUCGACGGUCUUGAUGAGUUUCUCGGUUCAGAUCAACAAGACUAUACGAGCUUGGCAAACCUGUUGACCAGAUGGGUAGACAAUUCAAAUGGAAACCUCAAGAUUUGUGUCUCAAGCCGAGAAGAGAAUGCUUUCAUGAAUGCAUUUCCCGAAGAGCAGCGCCUCCAACUCCACCAGCUCACAUGGGAUGACAUCUCUACCUACGUCCGUGAAGGAUUGCAAGGACUUGAGGCCGGUGAUUCCAAAGAUGAACUGGUUUACAAAAUCUGCAACCGGGCUAAAGGAGUCUUUCUCUGGGUAAUUUUCGUUGUCAGAAACAUCCGUGAAAAGAUUGAGAGCGGUGAAACUAACCCUCAAGAAAUCGAAGCAAGCCUAUCUAUACCUGAAGGAUUAGAAAAUCUCAUUGGCCAUACACUACAUAGACUAAGCUCGGAGAAACGCAGGAAAUUGUCCCAGGUCGUAGCAAUGCUUCGCUUGCAGCGCUAUUUCGAACACGAGCGGGAAUGUGGUACCCUCUGCCUAACACAACUUGCUUUUUCAUUUCUCGAUGAGUAUAAUUCAGACCACAAGUUCGCAACCAGAGAUACUUUCAACGAGAAUAAAACACACCUGGAUGAGAGACGUCUGCGUGCCGAAAAGCAACUCCGGUAUUGCAGCGGUGGGUUUCUCAAAAUAGCCGGGCAGGGGGAGGUGAUCGUGUUCAUCCACAGGUCCAUUCCCGAAGUCCUUGACAAGGAGGGAUUCAGGCGCCUCCUGGGAUACGUCGAUACGGCCGAAGCCGCAACGACACUAUCACACCUAAUAUUAGCCCAGGUUCGGGCCGGGUGGUACGACCACAGACAGGCUGGCUGUUUUCUGGCUUCAGUUAUGACUAUGUGCCUUAAGGCCCUUGACGAGAGCAUCUAUGAUUUCCUGGCGUAUAUACAAGCAUGGCAUAAUGACAGGUUUCGUAUGACGUUAAUUGUGCCUCCAGAAGAAAGGUCUCGUCACUUAGGAUACGCAUAUCCAAUGCAAUACCAUGGCUAUUCAUCAUUCUGGUGUUUCAAUGCUCUCUUUUUUGCUGCGAUUGGGGGAAAUAUCAAAUUCGCUAAAUUCCUACUCGAAAAGAACCCUGAUUGUCUAAAUCAACGAUGGAUAAGAGCGCAAGUAGUCGGACUACUACUCUAUCAUUUCAGAUCGAACUUAUCUGCCUGGAACGGUCUUCUGGAUGGUGAACUCUUGAAAGAAGGUUCAAACUGUUGCUUCAUCGUGGGGGAUUUACCGUGUGCACCUCAGCGUAAAGCCCGUAAAGCCCAUCACUUUUCAGGAUACAACAUCAGCACCUGGCAGUGGUUUCUAACCUGUGAACUCAUCAAAUGUCUGAGCGAAGAAAACGUUUCUCCCGAUUUCAUGACCUUUGAGUGGUUCCUAAGCCACGGCGCUUCUACAAAUUUCGAAGCAAAAAUCUGUCCUCACGAAACCCCCGACGAUGACACGGAAAUUUGGAUAUCUUAUUGCAACGGGCGUCUCUCCGUGCCAUUCUUAUUCUCACCCGAUACCAUUUCUCAGUGGGCACCCCGGAAUCUGAACCUGCUCAAACUCCAAACAAUAACCCUUCGAGAAUGGAUCACACACUUUGCUCCGGACAAUAUGGAAAAGCUCCUUAUGCUGAUAAAUGCGAGCCCAGAAUCAGAUAACCAUCACUCCGGCGAUGUGCAUUCACAUAAUGCUCCAGCUCGGAAUAAGUCAUUGCUCGCGGUAUCUCAAGAGCAGGAGCCAGCAAUUGAACCAAAAGAUGCAAGAUCAGGGGGGAAACACAUUUUGGAUUUCAAGCGAGGAAACCUGACAGCAUAUGUUGACUUCAGAGCCGCAAUCAUACUAGGUAUGUAA